CACCUUUGAUUACUAGGAGUGAUAUCAACUGUGGAUAUCACAUGCGCAGUGUCGCGGCUUCUAUCGGCAGCGCUUGUCUAAAUCGGGUGUAGCAGAACUACCUACUUCUGCCUAGCUCCACCUCAUCCGGGUUGCGCGGAAGGAAUGCGACGUAAGGAUCCCCGGGUUCUUCUUCAUCACAUCUUGGCGCGUACAGUCUCGGCCGAGACUCAUUAUACAUAUAUAGCCCUGUUAUCGCAUACAAAAAUACCAAGCAGAAAAGAGCGAAUACUCAACUACCAUGCCACCUACACUUCACCUCGUCCGUCACGGCGAGGGCGAGCACAACGUCGAACCAACUAUUGAGAACCGUCAGAUCCGCGAUCCCUCCCUCACCCAAGCGGCGGUGACUCGCUGUCAAGGCUUCAACAACACCUUCCCGGACUAUGUGCACAUCGACCUUGUCUGCGCGAGCCCACUGCGCCGUACGAUCCAGACAGCCAAGUACUGCUUUGCAGAUCGCAUUCCCAAGACUACGAGUGAGCGGAUCCUCUUAAUACCGCUGAAUCAAGAGGUAACGGAUCAGCCAUGCGAUACCGGAAGUAGCGCUACAAUGAUUGAGAAGGAGUUUGGCGACUUAGUCGACACCAGCAUGUUAGAAAGCGAUUGGAAUGGGAAGAAGGGCAUUUAUGCUGCAACCACAGACGGCCUGGCCGCAAGGUCGAAAGCGCUCCGGAAGUGGCUGUAUAACCGUCCAGAGAAAAACAUUGUUGUCGUUGGCCACGGGGCUUUCUUCGACUUUGUGCUUGGAGCAAACGCGUACGACGUCUUGAAGCCUGGCUACAAAUCCUCAUGGAAGCACCGUCAGUGGCGCACUUACACCUUUUCAGUUGGUGCGGAUGGACCGUUGGUAGAAGAAAAGCAAUCUGUUGCGCGGCGUAGUGUACUAGAGUCCUAGGAAACGUCAUUCGCGUACAUUUAGAUCGCAGAUAGAUCAUCAAUAAUACGUUCGUAAUCCGG